AUUUCAGUGGCAUCAGUGUAAAAAACCCUAAAAUAUAGAAGCCCAAAUACAGAACGUUUGAAGAACAUUGUUCCAAAUUCAAAUAACAGUUCUGUCGACUCCAGAAGAAGAAGAAGAAGAAGAAGAAGAAGAAGAAAGAAUUUGAACAACAAAAAUAGUUUGAUUAAGGAGUAAAGAAAUACAAUGAAAGGAAUGCUGAUGUCAUCAAUGUCUUCCAGAGCUCCGGUCAAGUUCAGGAUACCGACGGCCGAUAACCUAGUCCCAAUUCGAUUAGACAUAGAAAUCGACGGCCACCGCUUUAAAGAUGCUUUCACCUGGAACCCUUCCGAUCCGGACUCGGAGGUGGUGGUUUUUGCUAAACGGACUGCCAAAGACUUGAAGCUGCCGCCUGCUUUCGUUAUGCAGAUCGCUCAGUCUAUUCAGACACAAUUGAGUGAGUUUCGGUCCUUUGAAGGGCAGGAUAUGUUCUCCGGAGAGAAAUUUGUUCCAAUCAAGCUUGAUCUUCGGGUGAAUCACACUCUUAUCAAAGAUCAAUUUUUAUGGGAUUUGAACAAUUUUGACAGUGACCCUGAAGACUUUGCUUUAACCUUUUGUAAAGAUUUGGGUAUUCUAGAUCCUGAAGUUGCUCCUGCAGUUGCCUUUGCAAUUAGGGAACAACUUUAUGAGAUUGCAACUCAAAGUGUAGCUACAGCAAGAGAAAGCAGACUAACCAAAAAGGGUCGCCGGGGCUUUGAAUAUUUCUCCGCCAGUAAAGCCGGGGGUCUUGCAUCAGAUUCAAUGAAGUUAUUCACUAAUAGAUACAGCAUGGUUAGGAAAAGAAAGGAGUGGGAUAUGUAUCAGCCUAUUGUUGAUCACUUAUCAAAUGAGGAAGUGGAAGCUCUUGAAGAAAGGGAGGAAAGGAACUUGCGAUGAAUUAUAAACCGCGGGGCAGGUAUAUGGAUCUAUUAAAAUACUUAGGGGUUGAUCAAAGUUAAUACAAGAUUUAAUUUGUUACAAAUUAAAUCUUGGGUUAGCUGCCUUGAGCAUGUGGGAUGUGGAUGUCUUGUUCUUCUCUCUGUGGCUGCAUAUGUGAAGCAGCCUGCACAUCUGGUAUGCAAAACGCUGAAAUUGUAAGUUCCAUGCUGAAGGACGUCUUAUAUUUCUCUGCGGCAUGUUAAGGCAUUGUUAAAAGCUAAACUCGACAAGUUCAGACGAAAACUUGAAUAUCCUGUAAAGUGACCAAAUGACCUUCUCUAGUGGCCUCAAAUCGUCCCCGUAUAUAGCCUGAGCCGAUUAUGAAAAUGGAAUUUGUUUUUUCCAUUGCCAUCAAUUUGUUCAUUGCCAGUCAAAGGUACAAGUGAUGCUGUUGAUUUGCAAUUAAUUAUUCCAAUUAGUCGCAUCAUCUAAAAGGCUGCUUAUCCAGAUAACUAAAGUACUCAACUCUAUACUAGUUAAGCAGUUUUUCUUUCUCUGUUAAUUGUAAUGUGAAUAUGCGUUUGCUUGGUUGAGUAGGCUUGUAUUAUUGUCUGCUAUAAAAUAAUUAGUUUUGGGGC